CCCGUAUCUACCUACAGUCAGUUCCCUGCACAGCAGGAAUGAGGUUUCCGCUCUGCCACCUUCAGUUGCGUUUUGCAGAGCCAGAAGUUGGCGCGAGGGGCUUCUGCUCCUGAGGGGCGAGGGGGCUGCAUCCAGCCAGUGGAGGCUGAUCCAGAGGGGCUGGAAAGAGACCAAGAGCAGCAGCCACAUCCCAGCAACAGAGUGGGAGACUUUCUUGCUGGGAGGGGAACGGGCAGAGCCGCAGACUCCAGCAUGGACCCCAAGGAGCGGAAGAAAAUCCAGUUUUCUGUGCCUGCUCCCCCCAGCCAGCUGGACCCCAGGGCAGUCGAAAUGAUCCGUCGGCGGAGGCCAACCCCAGCUUUGCUGUUCCAGCUGUCAGAAACUUCCUCCCCCGAAGAUGAAGCAUCUCCUUACCAGAGAGUUUUGGGUGAAGGCUACCACCUUAAAAACAAAAGGAAUGCCCCCUGUGUCUAUACACCCCCUUCUCUUAAAGCUAUGCAGCGCCUAGCCCAGAGCCAUUUGGAAUCCAACAGUUCCUGGAUGGAAGAAGACUAUGCUGAGGAUGUCGAGGAAGAUGAAGAAGAUGAAGACGAGGAUGAGGAAGAGGCUCAAGACUCAGAUGACACUGUGAGAGAGAUGCCUGGCCUGUGUAAGCCAGAAGGAUCCCAGGGGCAGAAACAAACAGGCUCGGGAACCAAGGCAGCUUUGCUAAGACAAUGCACAGUCUUGGAAAAUAAGCCCAAAGAAUCGGAGCAUCCUGUCUAUCCAGCUCUCUCCAAAUCGCAGAAACGGAAAGGUGGGCAGAAAGUAUCCUUUGCUGGAUCUGUAGAAGAGGUCCGGGAUGAGCCAGGUUUCCCUGGUGAAUCUGAGAAUCCAAAUGGAGCUGAAGGAGGGGAAGCCAAGGACCUGCACUAUCAGGAGGUUGAGCUGGAGAAGGGAGACCCACCACCCACAGAUCACGUAAUGGAACUGAGUCAGUCUGGGUGGGAAGAGAGGCCUUCCUGUGCCGCUGACCUGGAAAACCGUUCCUCCCCACCCCCUAUCCACACGACCACCUAGCGCAAGAAGUGAAGAGAGAUUAGGAGACGUUUCUGUCAGCAGAAAGCUCCCAUUUUCCACCAAGACAGAUUGAACCAUUUCCUUUCUCUUUUAUCCCUUUUUUUCUGUUCUAAACUUUAUAUUUCAUUUGGCUGUGCUUUGUUUGUGUUCAGUGAAUUAUUUAGCAUGGAGGAAGAGAAAAGGAAGGGCACCUGGAGGGCACAAUAGAAGGGAAUGAAUCCUCCAGGGUCAGAGGCAGGCUACCUCGGGUGAUCAGAUGCUGGGUGGCAAAUGACAGAGGAGAACAACCUUUCCUUGUGCCUUGCUUGGGGGUUCCUGGUGACAUCAGGCUGGCCAGUGUUCGACGAAAUGGACAUGUGUUCCAAUCCAACAUUGUGAUAUCAUUAUACUUUUAGACAUUUCCAUCCUAAUACAGUUUUCAACCUCCAAUUUGGGCCUCGAUUUUUCCCAGAAUUAUGACUGCUGUCCAAACCACAGAAAUCAGUUCCCCUGAAGAAAGCAGCAGCUUCAGAAGGUGGACUUUAUGUCAUGAUAUCUCUGCUGAGCUUCCUCCCUCCUCAAACUCCACCCACCAAAGGCUCCACCUCCAAAUCACCAGGCAUUUCCCCACUGAGAGGAAUUUCCCCACCAAAUAUAUGGUUUCCCCACCGAAUAUACGGUUUCCCCAGGGCUUUUUUUCAGCAGGAACACGGUGGAACAGAGUUCCGGCACCUCUUGAAAAUGGUCACAUGGCCAGUGGCCCCGCCCCCUGAUUUCCAGACAGAGGGGAGUUUAGAUUGCCCUCCACACCCCCUUGUUUCAGCUGACCCAAAGUGACAUCAUUGUGCUGUCCUGAGUUCCACCACCUCUUUACCCAGAAAAAAAGCCCUGGGCAACCGUAUAUUCAAAUCAGAAUUUCUGCAAACAUAUUUUGCAAGACCAAUGGCCAAUGGUCUUAACUAAGUCAAUAGUCUUAAGUAAAUCCAGGGACGCCUUCCAGAGGGGUAGGUGUGCUGGUCUGUUUGCAACAAAAUAAAGCAGGGAACUGGUGGCAGCCUAAACAAUUUAUUCCCAAAGAAGCUCUCUUGCAUCAGAGCUCUCCUUCAGAUGUUUCAAGAGUUCACCUACAUACUUGGUGCGUCUGAUGAACUGAACUCCGUCUCAUAAAAUCUUAAGUUGCAACAAAUUUAACCACACCAAGGAAUUCAGGUAGUUGGAUAAGAGAGGGUUUACCAUGGGGUUUAACUGAAUUUGGAAAUGUACAGUUGUCCUGGUAUCUUGUUGCUGGAUUCAGAAUGGCCCACUUCCAGCCUUCCUCUCUAACACCACCCUCCCUCCAAUAUUCCAUUCAUCUCUCCUCAAACAGAAGAAUCAGGAUUCAAUCUACUUGUAUAGUUGAAGUUGUUUUUUCUCUUUCUGUGCCCUUUAACCCCCACUACCCAGAAAACACACACCCCUUCCUGCGUGCCUCUCUGCUCUAUUAAAGCUUUGUAAAUAAAG